AUGAAAUUUAGCGGGUUGAAGUCCGCUGCGGCUCUUUGGAUCUGCCGUCAAUUAUGGGCAUCGUGUUGUGGACUAUUCGACGAUGAGGAAGUCGAGAUUCCUGCUGCCGUUCCGCGUAGUAAGGAAUGCGUCCAAUUGACAUCAGACAAGUCUGAGGACCACCUUGACCAGAACCACUCUCACCAGUACCACCCACAACAAGACCAUCCUCAGCAAGACCCCUCUCAACUUGACCGUCUUUCACAUGAAAGCCAUAUAUUUGAAAAUGAAUCCAAUCUCACGGAAGUUCGACUCGAGCCAGUGAUAGCUGAGCCACGGUCCCCAGUCCACUCCCUCAGCGCUGAUAUCCUCUACUACCUUGUAGUGUCCUUCCUGCCUCUGGUGGAUACAGCCUCGCUUGCACUGACAUGCAAAUCCGCUUUCAUAGCUGUGGAUGGAACAAGAGUUCUCCAAGAGUUGCGAGCCGAGCCUUCAUAUCGGAUAAAAUUUUUGCAGCGGCUGGAGCUGGGAUUUCCAGACCACAUCCUUUGCUAUUUCUGUGUAAAAUUCCAUCGCCGGUUACGGGAUAUCUGGCAACCCCAGGUACCUUGUCAUUCUAAGCGCGGGCUCAUGCACUUUGGGCAGUGGAAAUUUCUUUUCCCCUAUAGGUAUGCCAAAGAGGUUGUGAAUCAUUAUCGGUUUGGUCCACGACACGGACGCAGCGAGCAUGAUCUGGUGCCCCAGAUGCAAUAUUCCAUGUUCGAACCAGAUAAGGACAUCAAGGGAGUAGACUGCAUGGAUAUAAAGUGUGUUGACAAUGGGGGAGGCUUCAACCUAAAAUUCAGGCGUAUCGAAGGCAAGGGCAACUCAAGUAGCGUUGAUAAACUAUCAACAUCUUUGGAGUUCAUUUAA